AUGAUUUCCAAGGCCGAGGGCUCCGUCAGUAGCUUUGAUGGCGAUAGCGACGAAGGCCAGAACCUAGGCAAGGUCUGGGCAACAUUGAUAACGAGAGAAUCUUACCUUUCCGGGCUCUUGACACUCGACUAUUCCCUCCGCAAGUCGCAUUCCGCGUACCCACUCGUCGCAUUUUACACGGAUACCGUGCCCGGGUGGUGCCUCAACGCCAUCCAGGCGCGGAAUAUCAUUACUCGCCGUGUCGAGCACAUCAGGCCGUCCUCCGAGCGCGAGCACGACGAGGACCCCCGGUUCGCCGACACAUGGACGAAGCUCGCCGUCUUCUCGCUGACCGAGUACAAGCGCAUCGUCCUACUCGACUCGGACAUGCUCGUGUUGCGUAACAUGGAUGAGCUUAUGGAGCUCGAUCUCGACGAGCCCGCGCUUGCCGCGCGUGGGGGCAAGGCGUCUCGAAGGGUGUACGCCGCCGGGCAUGCAUGCGUGUGCAACCCUUUGAAAAAAGCACUACCCGGCCGACUGGGUGCGGGAGAACUGCGCCUUCACAAAACAGCACGGAAACCCGGACAAGGCCCAGGUCUCGGGGGAAGCUGUGAUUUGAGCCCCUUGGGCAACAUAAAUAGCGGUCUUCUGGUUAUCAACCCGUCAGAGGAGGUGUUUUCCCAGAUAGUCGAGUACAUGGAGGAGCACGGGUCGCGGAUGAUCUUCCCGGAUCAGAGUGUCCUGUCGGAGCUAUUCCAGGGCCGGUGGGUUGCUUUGCCAUACAUCUACAACGCUUUGAAGACACUGCGGAAACCGGAGACGCAUGGCGCCAUUUGGAGGAAGAACAGGGUGAAGAAUGUGCACUACAUCCUAGCGCCUAAGCCUUGGGAGGAGCUCGACGAGAACGGGGACUGGACCGGGACGGACGAGAGCCACCGCUGGUGGAUAGAGGAGAACCGGGAGAGGAUUGAAGUUGAGAGGCGGAUAGAGAUUGCCGAUGGAUUCUAG